UGUGUAAGCUGGAGCUCCGCACACACACGCACACACACACACACACACACACACACACACACACACACACACAUCAGCUCCCUGUUUAGAACUUUGCACAGGACUGGCAGCACGCGAGCUCCCUCUGCACAGGCUUCUCUAGGUUUCACCGACUGCUGCCGGUUUAUGCGACGAGACACACGCUUGUUGAGGAACCAGUACCCAGCAUUAUCUAAUAUACUAAAACUAAUAUACAUUCAUAUUUGAAUAACUGGCAACCGUUUUGGUCAUAAUGAGGCUGUUGUUUUUACUGCUUUUGCUAUGUGUGAGUGAAAGUCUCUGUCAGAAAGACUGCACUGGAGUGGAGUGCCCACUGCUUAACAACUGCAUUGAGGAAGUUUUGGAAAAUGGUGCCUGUUGUGCCACUUGUCUACAAACUGGCUGCACAUGUGAAGGCUACCAGUACUAUGAUUGUGUUAAUGCUGGAUUCAGAUCUGGCCGAGUGCCUGAGGGAGAAUCUUACUUUGUGGAUUUUGGAAGUACAGAGUGCUCUUGCCCACAGGGCGGCGGGCGGAUCAGUUGCCAUUUUAUUCCAUGUCCUGAGCUUCCUGCUAACUGCAUUGAAGUGUUGGAGCCUGCAGAUGGGUGUAUUCAGUGUGAGCGGAUAGGCUGCGUGUAUGAGGGGCAGAAGUAUGAGGCUGGGCAUUCAUUCCGCAUGGACCAAGUCUGCCAAGUCUGCCACUGCCCCAAUAAUGGAGGCAACUUAAUGUGUUCCCCGAUCCUAGACUGUGAUCUGAGGCAGGUCCAUAAACCCAUGCUUGCAACUACCACAGAGGAAAACACACCAUGGAGACGUGAAAAUAAAAUCCAAAAUCUUUUCAACCAUCAAGGCUCAAGGAGUCCCUUCUCCAAACCUUUUCCACAGUCAUACCGUGACAGUCUGCCUCCAUUCAAACCAACUGCAAGUGACAUGGAUGAAGAAGAAGAAGAAGAGGAGGAGGAGGACUAUGACUACCCUACUAUAGAUUCCUCAAAGCAACCUCGGCAUGACCUAGCCUCUCCAGUGGAAUCCUAUAUUAUCUCAGUUUCUGAUCUGGAAAACAAUUCUUCCCAACAAGCUAGAGGAACCAAGCAGGAGCUUAAAGAGAGAUUUGGUGUUCGUGAAGCAACAACAGACAGACCAUGGAUCCUCUUGCAUGAAGACAGGACAGAAGAGGCAAAAUAUAGUCAUCAUAAAGUGAACUCUACAAAAAACACUUUGGACAACAUUAGUGGAGCGCAAAUUAAAACUCCUAACGUUAGUUCCAACAAAGAGAAAAUCCCCAGCUCUAGAGAUCCCACACAUGAAGAACAAUUCUCUAUUUACAGAGAUAGAGACACCACUGUAAAUGAGAGUUUUGGCCCCUAUAAAGACAAUAGCAACACAGAGGUUCUUGAGGAAAGUGACGGAAACAACCUGAGGAAGGCGUCAGAGAAGACCUUUAAAGAAACCACUGACAGUAAUGAGUUUGAUUUAUAUGAAGACACUACAUUCAGUGAAAUAGUCACUGACUCUCCAGUGACUACAGUUCCAACUAUGCCUCAAACUACAGAGGAGACACAGAUGACAACAAUAUGGCAGGCUACUGGGGGCAGUUUUUCAACAGAUCAAGUUCACCUUAACACACCGGAAACUGGGGAAUUUUACAGCACACCGCAAGAAGAGGUGAACACAAAAGAGCAAAACGUCUCAUUAAAUAAUGUCACAGAGAGUGUCAAAAACCAUGCGAAGGAUAAAACUGUUGAGAAACAGGAAAAAGACGCUCUUCCCACUGUCCAAAGCAUCUCAUACAGUGAUAAUGCAUCUUCAGCAGCACCUGACAGACCUUUAGAAGAGCAUGAAACCAAACCAAAGAGGAAACCAGAACUGUAUACAAAUUCUCCUGUCAUAUUCAGCCCAACCAUCCAGCCAGUCUUGAGAGUGAAGGAAGAGAACGGACAGCUUGUAAACAAACAGUCGCAGAGUCUGUUUGAAGUUGCAGAGGAGGAGGAAGAAGAAGAGAAGGAGGAAAGGGAAGAGAAAAACAACACGCUCAGUUCCGUUACACAAGCCAAUGAGGGACUGUCUGCUCUGGUCAUAGUGGAGACCUGCUGUGAAGCUGGGCAGAAAUGGGCCUCAGAAAACCAGCACUGCAACCAUCUGCCCUCUGUAACAGAAGAAGACUUCGUCUGUGGAGCUGUUCAGGCGCAGUGCUGUGCAGGUGCACUGAGAGAGAGCAGGUGUUUAACUGGCAUGUAUGCUGCCAGAGCUGGUGACGUGUGUGAAGAAAACAGCAGCCCACACUGUGGAGAGGAUACCCAAAAGGAGUGUUGCAGCUGCUGUGCACUUGGUUUGCGUCUUCGACGUGAGGGAAAAGGCUGUAACGCACAUCAACACCUUAGCUACCCUUGUGGACACAUUUUCCUCACCUGCUGUGAGGAAGAACAGGAAGGACAUAGCACACCUGUACUGAAGAGAAAGGAGAGACCUAGACCUACCACCCUGCCUGAAAAAGUGUCUGACAGACCGUUCUCUAAGCAGUCUUUCUCAGUCGUGGGGUCUGAGCAUGCAUCCAACUCUGUGGAGAACCUGGAGGAUGUAGAUGAGUGUGAGAGAUUUGAGGGACAACGCUGCCUUCAUGUCUGCAUCAAUACUUUGGGAUCUUACAAGUGUGAAUGCCAUCCUGGAUAUGCACUGAUGCAGGAUGGACACACAUGUGCACUCGAGAACGCAGAGGAAGACAACAGAGUGACCGAGGAAGACAACGUGUUUACUUUGGCCACACCACCUCAAGAGACCACCCAAAACUCCUCUAUACAAAAUCCAUGUGCAGGUAAUGGCCCAUGUUCUCAGCGCUGCUCUGCUGUGGAAGGACUGGCUCGCUGUUCCUGUUUCCCAGGAUUCUCGCUGAAGUCUGAUGGAUGGACAUGUGAAGAUGUGGAUGAGUGCAGCAGGGCCACACACACUUGCUCUCCCAAGGAGGUGUGUGUGAACAUGGAAGGUUCGUACAAGUGUGUGCUUCUGAAUGACAGGUGCGACGUGGGCUUUAUACACAACCAGAAUAGAGAGUGUGUGGACGUGAAUGAGUGCGUGACAAACACACACACCUGCCAGUCCAACGAGCGCUGUGUGAACACAGUGGGAGCUUUCAUGUGCGAGAGGCAGAUUUCUUGUUCAAGUGGCUACCAACUGAGGAAUGGAGUAUGUGAAGAUAUUGAUGAGUGCACUGUGCGGAGCCAUGACUGUGGCUCGGGAUUCCAGUGCCAGAACACACACGGAUCAUUCCGCUGCAGCCCGAAGCAGCAACACUGCCUCACCGGCUUCUCUCAGGACCCUCACGGCAACUGCAUCGACAUCGAUGAGUGCAGAGUUGUGAGAGAGCCCUGUACAGCAGGCUUUAACUGCAUAAACACUGUGGGCUCAUACACCUGCCAGCGCAAGAUUAUUUUAUGCAGCCAAGGAUACCACUCCAGCCCCGAUGGUUCACGCUGCGUCGAUGUGGAUGAGUGUGUCACAGGAACACACCGCUGUUCUGAGGGUCAGAUCUGCCACAACCUCCCUGGCAGCUACCGAUGUGAUUGCCUGACAGGCUACCAGUAUGAUGCCAUUCGCCGACUGUGCAUUGAUGUGAACGAGUGUUGGCGUUACCCAGGGCGUCUUUGUUCUCAGACAUGUGAGAACACUGUGGGCUCUUACAAGUGCUCCUGCACCACGGGCUUCUCCCUUGCCUUUGACGGCAAGAACUGUGAAGAUGUUAACGAAUGUGAGAACAAUCCCUGCAGUCAGGAGUGUGCCAACAUCUACGGCUCCUACCAGUGCUAUUGUCGCGUGGGAUAUUAUUUGAAGGAGGACGGCCACACCUGUGAAGAUAUUGACGAGUGCUCUCAAAGCAUUGGGAACAUGUGCACCUUCCAAUGUGUGAAUGUUCAAGGCAGUUACCAGUGUGCCUGCCCCCCUCAUGGCUAUUCUAUGUCACCCAAUGGACGCACAUGUCAAGAUAUUGACGAGUGUGCAACAGGAACGCACAACUGCUCGACAACCCAAACAUGCUACAACAUCCAGGGAGGAUUUCGAUGCCUGUCCUUUACAUGUCCUGAAAACUACAGGAAGGUGUCUGACACACGCUGCGAGCGGGUAAGCUGCUUCGGAUCUCAGUGCCAGAACAUGCCAAUCCGCAUCACCUAUUACCAACUUAGUUUCCAGACAAACAUCGUCAUUCCGGCGCAGAUCUUCCGCAUCGGCCCCUCUCCAGCCUACUCAGGUGAUAGCAUCAUCAUUAGCAUCCCUCGUGGCAACGAAGAAGGUUACUUUAGCACGCGCCGGCUCAACAGCUUUACCGGAGCCGUGUACCUGCAGCGCCAGCUUCAUGGACCACGUGACUUCCUGGUCGACGUGGAGAUGAAGUUGCUGCGUCAGGGCACCGUCACCACAUUCCUCACCCGCAUCUAUGUCUUCAUCACAGCUCACUCCAUGUGAUCAACACUUUCUGUCACAUCUGCUUUCAAUAAGGUGCUAAGCUCCUGAGGGGGUUGUCAGAAUAUCUCAUUAGCUGCUUUGCUGAACAGAUAUGGAAAGAAGCUUGUCCAAAAAGAAGUUUGACGGUGCUUUUUUUUUUUUUUUUUUUAAAGGAAUCCAACAGCUUGUGUUCUGUCAUGACUUGAGACAAAAAAAAAAAAAUGGAAUAUGCAAAUUGCAAAGAGUGACAGAAGUAUUUUGAUUUCUGUCUACAUUUCUUCUCAAUAAUAAAAAUUACUCAAUGCCAGAUGUUAUUUUUUCUGAAACCAUUAUGAUUUCUUGAAACUUUUUUCUAUAGUGUCUCAUUGUUGUUUUUCAAAGCAAUGCUUCCUGGCAGAGGACGACAGUGGGGAGGAUGGAGUGAUUAAUAACAUAGAUCCUUCAUCCUUCCUCACACAGUGCUGCAUCCCUUUAUUUUAGCCACUAUACAAGUUUCAGUCAGUUUGGGAACAAUUACUUACUGUACUCUAAAAUGUAAUGAGUUGCAUUGAACUAUAUAUAUAGUUGUGCCCAAAAGUUUGCAUACCCCUUACAGAAUCUGCUAAAUCUUUAUACUGUUAACACAAUAAGACGGAUCAUGAAAAUCCCAUGUUCUUUUUUAUUUAGUUCUGUCCUGAAUAAUCUAUUUCACAUAACAGAUAGUCCACAAGACAAGAUAAUAGCUGAAUUUAUAAAUAUUACCCUGUUCAAAAGUUUACACACCCCUGAUUCUUUAUACUGUGUGUCAUUACUUGGAUGAUCAAUGACUGUGUUUAUGUUUUGUGAGAGUUGUUCAUGAGUCCCUUGUUUGUCCUGAGCAGUUACACUGCCCCACUGUUCUUCAGAAAAAUCCUCCAGGUCCUGCACAUUCUUUACUUUUCCAGCAUCUUCGGCAUAUUUGAGCCCUUUCCAACAGCGGCUAUAUGAUGUUGAGAUCCAGCGUUUCACACUGAGGGACUCGUUCACGACUAUUACAUAAGGUGCAAACAUUCACGAUACAUUAAGAACCUGUAAAUUGUUAUUAUUUGUUUAAAGAUUUUUUUUUUUCAUUUAGUAUUGCCCUUCAGACGCUAAAUAAGAUGCUAAAUAAGUUACAUGUCUCCCAGAAGACAAAAUACUAACAAUUUACACUGAUCAUCCUGUUAAAAAGUUUACACCCCCCUGGCUCUUAAUGUAUCAUGAAUGUUUGCACCUUUUGUAAUAGUCGUGUACGAGUCCCUCAGUCGUCCUCAGUGCGAAACGCUGGAUCUCAACAUCACAUAGCCGCUGUUGGAAAGGGCUCAAAUAUGCCAAAGAUGCUGGAAAAGUAAAGAAUGUGCAGGACCUGGAGGAUUUUUCUGAAGAACAGUGGGGCAGUUUAACUGCUCAGGACAAACAAGGGACUCAUGAACAACUCUCACAAAACAUAAAAACAGUGGCUGAUCAUCCAGGUAACAACACACAGUAUUAAUAAUCAAGGGUAUGUAAACUUUUGAACAGGGUAAUAUUUAUAAAUUCAGCUAUUAUCUUGUCUUGUGGACUAUAUGUAAACAUCUGUUAUGUGAAAUAGGUUAUUCAGCUUACUCUUAUAUUCUUAACAGUAUUAAGAUUUAGCAGAGUCGGUAAGGGGUAUGCAAACUUUUGAGCACAACUGUAUAUGCUUCUAAUGAGUACAUUGACAGCACUUCUUUUCAAUAUCAAAGGGAAAUAUUUCAAAAACAUCUUUUGUAAUCACUGUGAUUAAUAUUUUGCAACUGAAAGGAUGUAUAAUAUUUUGUAAUAUUUGUAGUUCGCUUGAUCCGUUUGUAUCCCUUAUCGCAGGGCACAUUUGACAUUCACACUUGAAGUGUGUGUGGGCUACAGUACAGCACUGAGGACAUUACAUUUUUAAGGUUUAUUGUAUGGAGGUAUUGUUUUUUGCUUUCUAUAUCUAUUUCUGUAUGUUGUAUUUCUGUUACCUAAUCCUCUCAGGAUAAAAAACAGAUCAUUUCUUCAUCCAAUCUUCACAGUGUCUAAGUGAUUACCAAAUCACCACUGGUUCAAUAAACAAACAAUAAAUAACAGACCCACAAUGAGCAUUUAUAA